AUACUCGGCAACCAUAUAAUAGCCACUAUAGCUAACUUCUUGCGCUACUGGCCACACUGUUAGGGGCGCUGUUUAGUAGGGCCGUACCAAGCAAAAUAUCUGAACACGGGUUGUUUUUUUACUUUUAUAUAUUUAUUUUCAGGGUUCCAUUACCUACUAUAUCUAUGAAUAUAGCAGAGAUAUCGAACGACAUAAGUAUGGACGAUCAGGAUGAUGUCCAUCACAGUGAUAUCAGUUUUGAUAAUGAUGAUCAAGAAGAUGUUGAUAAUGAUGAUGAAGAUAAUGAUGGUGAAGAUGAUGUUGAUGAAGAAGAGACCAAUCAGAAUGAGGAUUUAUUCAGGAAAGAAAUGUCAUCUAUUGCUGCUAACAAACUUCAAAGGUCAAAAUCAAAGCCUGGAAUUGUGUAUCUUAGUCGAAUCCCAAUGUUCAUGCGUCCCAACAGAUUAAAGAUGAUAUUCAGUGAUUAUGGCCAAGUAGGACGUGUGUUUUUACAAGCAGAAGAAAAGUUCAAGAAAGAUCAACGUAAGAAAAAAACAGGCUCACGUGCCAAAAUAUUUACAGAAGGCUGGAUCGAAUUUAAAGACAAAAAGAUUGCUAAGAAAAUAGCUUUAACAUUUAAUAACACACCGAUCGGAGGCAAAAAGACAAGCAGACACUACGAUGAUCUGUGGAACAUCAAGUAUUUGAGUCGGUUUCAGUGGAGCCAUUUGGUUGAACGAUUAGAAUAUGAAAAGGCGGUCAGAGAUCAGAGAAUGCGAACAGAAAUCAGCCAAGUCAAGAAAGAAACAAACUUUUUUAUUAAAAACAUUGAAAAGAAAAAAGUUCUAGAUAAGCUGGAAGAAAAGAAACGUAAAAAAGGUAAAGAAUGGACCAGUAAGACAAGAAAUUUCAAGCAAAGGAAAACAGAUGAUCAACACAAGCUGGUAAAAAAAUUAAAUGAAAAUAGAAAAAAAGGAGUAAGCGCAGAUCUUCUACAGAAAAUCUUCCUAAGAUAGUUAUUGUUUUUAAAGAAAAAUAAAGCUAAUAUCAAGAUAUGUGAAUUAAAGUAUGUAACAAUAAUAUUGAGUAAAAAAACAAUAUUUGUUGCAUAUAGUGUCUUAUAAAAACAAAGAUUAUAUGUUACAAUAACAAAUAUAUAAAAAAAAAAAAAAAUAAAUCCAUACAUGUAUUUGUAUUAAUCUUAUGAUGCUGCGCAUUUACUUUCUUCUCUCCUGUUGAAUUUUACUACAUUAAAUUAAUAUUAAUAUAUAAACAUACUUGUUAACAAACUCAACUAAAAGGGCAAAGGUAGGAGAAUGACCCAUAACUUACAGCGUCAUUGUGCUGAAUUGCGUAUUGGCGUUGUCCGUGACUACCUAGCAGCUGUAAAUAGGCGCUUCAUGGUAGCUACAUGUUCACAUCAUUCCACAACGACAUGGGCUGAAAUGAACCAUAACAUCGGAGUAACCUCCUACUCUUCCAAUAAAUGCAAUGGGUUUUUUGAAGUGCACACGAGUGAGAUGUAUACAUUGAACCUCCAUUUAAGUCCAUAUCCGUGAAGCCUUGGUUCUACCAACCGAACCAUGGGCGAGGAGUGGCUAGAACCAGUGCCCUGCCUUACCGCUUGACCACUCGACUCGCCUAUAAUAUUUGGUUACUAUUAUAUGGAAUAAAUCCCAGGCGGAUGCAGGGGUGGGGUGGUGCAGAUGGUGCAAUUGCACUCCUUAAAAUUUAUUUUAAAAAAUCAUUGUAUUGUAUUGUUGAUAUGAAAAUAAAUGAAAUAUAUCUGGUCACAUAACCCAUUGCAAUUUCUUGGCACCUCAAGUUCCAUAUUCUCAAAAUUUUUUAAGUUCAGCCCCAACCAUGGUGGGGCUGAGGUGGUGUGGACUUUUAUGCAUCCCCUACCUCCAAAUCCAGCAUCUGCCCCAGUAAAUUGUAUUGUGCCUUGUAAGAACAAACAUCACCCUUUUCUAAAAUGACAAUAAAUGUAACUACUGUAUGUACUGUAUAUCGAAGAAGAAAAACAACAUUGUACUGUAGUACUAAAAUAUACAUAAUCUUGUUUGGUUGUUCGUCACAAUCACUUUAAUCCUGGUAUCUAAGCUUUAUUUCAUGGAAUAUAAGUCUGCCUUAUUUGAAUAAUCACUUGUGGGCCGUUAUUGUUUUAAGGGGGUGGGGUCUUUUUUGCAGUUAAUCCUCACUAUGUAAAUCUGUCACUAUACAAUGCCUAUGCGUUAUUAAUCUACUGUUGAAAAUAAAGGUUUUACAUUGGAAUGACUAGAAUUUGUAGGAAUAAACAAUUUAAUACAAAAUUUAUCAAACGAAAUAUGAAUGUCUCCUGUCACAUUGUGUUUUACACGUUCUUUCAUUGACUACAUAGGAGACGAACCGUCCCAUUUUGUUUUCGUUUGAAGCGAGUCUGCCGUCAUUUCACAUUCAUGAAAACCCCAUAGAAUAGAUUCGGAACGGUUCCAAUGCGUUUCCAUGUCAGUAGCUACACUUAUACAACAUCAUUAGAUGAUCAAAUCUAUGCUAAAAUAGCUACACUUAUACACCAUUAGAUCAAAACUAUUCUAAAAUUAGGAUAUUUACUUCUCCAUGAAAUGCAUAUUUACAACAAUUAAAUUUAACAUAAAUUCAGUACUCUAGAAUAACUGUCUUUCCUGCUAGCAUAUUAUAAUAACUAGAGCACACUCCAAAAGUGUAUACCUCCGCCUACAUUAUAAUUCUCCCUUUUAUAAGAUUCCCAAUAAUUGAAGAAUGAAAACGAAUUUUAAUCGCCACCGGGAUUCGAACUCAUGACCUGCCGCUUCCAAAGCGAACGUCAUAACUAGAACACGAACGCGUUUUCAAUGCAAUCGGGUAGCCAUUGACAGCCUUCAAUCUUUGUUCCUUGGACCAUGACAAACCACUCUCGAAAGUUUCAUUCAGAUCCAGUGAUCAGUUUUUGAGAUACAUAGGUCUAAGACGUUCAUUUUAAGGAUCUCCACAUGCACCCUAUAGGCCUAUUACGGAAUGUCACCAAAAUGGCAUUACCUUUUCCUUGACAAUUCCAGAAAGAUUUUCAGCUAUUGUAAAUUUAUUUUUUAUUUUUUAGAUACCUAGGUCAGGGAAUUCUGUAUAAAUGGUCCUUAUAUCUACACACUGCUCGUUGAUUAAUCAUUUCUUCCUUAGAACCAUUCUUGAAAGUUUCAUUCAGAUACAUUGAUUAGUUUUUUGAGAUAUUUAGCAAAUUGAAUGAUCCCAAAAUCCACACCCAAAUCUUGAUCGUCACCAACUUUUUGAUUAAAAUUGUUGAAUAGAAUACAAGAUAUUAAGUAAUUAACAAACGUGAAUUAAUGUUAGUAGUGUCAUUUCAAUUCAACUGGGUGUCCAUUUCAAAUAGACUGAUUGUAUGCGUUUCACUUAAUAAUGAAUUCAUGUUUCUACACACACCGCUAAUUCUAUCACGUAAUUAAUAUAAUGAAGAUUCAGUAUUGUUUUUAGUUCACUCUACACGUGUGAGGGAUAUGAUUGUCUACAUUUUUAAUAGUUUAGUCUACAUUGAUCUUUUAACCAAUGUGAUUUUUAAAUGUAAAUAUCAAUAGUAGAUUCUUUAUAUGGCUGUAAUCCUCUUUCAUGUCUAGUUUGUAUGGAGAGCCACUUUCACUGUUAUUUAUUUUCUAUCAUUUUGGCAGUGUUACUUCUUGUGUUUUUGUAUUGUAUUUCAUGUUAAGGCAAAAUAAAUGAUACGAUAUGAUAGUA